AUAUAUACCCCCAUAACCUCCCUUCAUUGCAUAGCUAAAAACCAUCUUCAUUUCCCAAUCCACAAGUACCUAAUUAAAGUCUUAACCCAGACCGGUAAACCAAAUUUUAGUUUCUUUCUUCGGCCAGAAAAGAAGUUCAAAUGAAGAACUCAUUCCUAUUCAUAGGCUUUUUUCUUCUUCUUGUUCCUCUUGUCACAGCCCAACUUCAAAUUGGUUUCUACAACUCCACCUGCCCUCGGGCAGAGCUAAUUGUUCGUAAAGUGAUUCAGCAGCGAUUCAAGACUGACCAUUCCAUUACAGCUGCAUUUCUUCGCAUGCACUUCCAUGACUGCUUUGUUAGGGGUUGUGACGCAUCCGUACUCAUAGACCCAACAAAGACCACCCCAUCGGAAAAAGAUGCAGUGCCAAACCAGACGGUACGAGGAUUCAACAUCAUCGAUCAGAUCAAGAAAAAACUGGAGGCUGCCUGCCCCGGAAUCGUCUCGUGUGCCGAUAUCAUAACAUUGGCAACUCGAGAGUCCGUGGCUCUAGCCGGAGGACCGAACUAUACGGUACCAACCGGGAGACGCGACGGCCUAAUCUCGGACCCAAACCUCGUGAACGUACCAGGGCCAACAUUCUCCGUGUCAGAGGCGUUGCAAUCCUUUACCGCGAAAGGGCUAACCCUUAAUGACAUGGUGACUCUUUUGGGAGCGCACACGGUCGGCGUUGCGCACUGCGAUUUCUUUCUAGACCGGCUUUCGGACUUUCAAGGCACCGGGAAGCCGGACCCUACCAUGGAUCCGGCUCUGGUGUCAAAGCUGUUUAACCUUUGUGGGACACAAUCAAGGCCUUUCAAAAAGGAUCCAACCGCGUUUUUAGACCAAAGCACACCUUUUGUUGUCGAUAAUCAGUACUACAACGACAUUCUUUCGCGGAGGGGGAUAAUGCAGAUUGAUCAAGAACUUGCAUUGGAUAAUUCUAGUGCUUCUAUUGUGUCGGGUUUUGCGAACGACGCGGUUGGAUUCCAACGGAGUUUCGCGGAUGCGUUGGUGAAGAUGGGGAGCAUUGAAGUUCUUGUUGGAAACACUGGACAAAUUAGAAAGAAUUGUAGAGUUUUCAACUAGCCCACUCAGAAAAGAAAACUAUUGGGUUGUUCUUAUAACUCGCGAUAUCUAAAGUCCGCUGACGUCCACCUUGAUUAGUUCAGGGAGACCAAUUCCAUCCGCUAAAAAAAACAAUUCGUAUUAAUUGAGCCCGCAACAAUCUAGGG